AUGGAGCUCCCUUCCAGGCGACCUUGGCAAGUCUUCACUGGUGCUGAGUUGCCCUGUAGCGAUGGCGUGCAGCAGAGAUGUUUUCUGCUUGCAGGAUGGGAUGGUGAGCGCUUGCCAGUGGCUUGGGUCCGCGGACGGGAGCUGACACCCAGCUUCAAUCUGCCGCUCCCAAGCGGGUCCUCCGAUUUACGUGCCAUGCAUUUGACUUCAUCAGGGCAGCUUUGGCUCUUGCUGGGCACCGAGCUCAUGGCCUGGGACUUGCUGCGAGGUGAGUUCAUUGGCAGAUGGCAGCCUGAUUGGCAGGGCUUCACGCCCCGUCUCCUGUGCCAUGGCCAGCGGCUACUGGUGGCUGGCACGGCCGGAUCAACGAUGGGCUUUGCACGUCCACGCUUGUUGGCGCUUGAGCCACGCCUGGAGCUGCAGUCAGAUGCCCCGCCCAAAUGA